GCUCGCCCCGCCCAGGCCCGCCCCGCCCGGUCGGCGGCAGCAGGGCGUCUGCGGCACCUGCCCGGCGGAGCGUUCGCUCCCUGUGGCCGGCGUCCGCCCCGCCGAGAUGGCGGAUCCCGCCGAGUGCAGCAUCAAGGUGAUGUGCCGGUUCCGGCCCCUCAACGAGGCGGAGAUCCUCCGGGGGGACAAAUUCAUCCCCAAAUUCAAGGGCGACGAGACGGUUGUUAUCGGGCAAGGGAAACCAUAUGUCUUUGAUAGAGUGUUACCUCCUAAUACAACCCAGGAGCAAGUUUAUAAUGCCUGUGCCAAGCAGAUUGUUAAAGAUGUUCUUGAAGGAUACAAUGGCACAAUCUUUGCUUAUGGGCAGACAUCAUCAGGAAAAACACAUACUAUGGAGGGAAAGCUGCACGACCCUCAGCUCAUGGGAAUUAUUCCAAGAAUUGCACAUGACAUCUUUGAUCACAUCUACUCCAUGGAUGAAAACCUGGAGUUUCAUAUAAAGGUUUCCUACUUUGAGAUAUAUUUGGACAAAAUAAGGGACCUACUUGAUGUGUCAAAGACAAACCUCGCUGUACAUGAAGAUAAAAACAGAGUCCCAUAUGUUAAGGGUUGUACAGAAAGAUUUGUAUCGAGUCCUGAAGAAGUUUUGGAUGUCAUUGAUGAAGGGAAGGCUAACCGUCAUGUAGCCGUUACAAAUAUGAAUGAACACAGCUCUAGGAGCCACAGUAUCUUCCUGAUUAAUAUUAAACAAGAGAAUGUGGAAACUGAGAAAAAACUCAGUGGAAAGCUCUACCUGGUAGACUUGGCUGGAAGUGAGAAGGUCAGCAAAACUGGAGCAGAGGGUGCUGUUCUUGAUGAAGCUAAAAAUAUCAAUAAGUCUUUGUCUGCUUUAGGCAAUGUGAUAUCUGCCUUGGCAGAAGGAACUAAAACCCAUGUUCCAUACCGAGACAGCAAAAUGACCCGAAUACUUCAGGAUUCCCUUGGUGGCAACUGCAGAACUACUAUUGUUAUAUGCUGUUCUCCUUCUGUGUUCAAUGAAGCAGAAACAAAGUCAACCCUGAUGUUUGGGCAGCGAGCUAAGACGAUCAAGAACACGGUCUCUGUGAAUCUGGAGCUAACUGCAGAGGAGUGGAAGAAAAAGUAUGAGAAGGAAAAAGACAAAAACAAGAGUUUAAAGAAUGUUAUCCAGCAUCUAGAGCUGGAGCUGAACAGGUGGAGAAAUGGAGAAGCUGUGCCUGAAGAUGAACAGAUCAGUGCAAAGGACCAGAAAAACCUAGAGCCUUGUGAUAACACCCCUAUCAUUGACAACAUCACACCAGUUGUUGCCAGCAUCUCGACAGAGGAGAAGCAGAAAUAUGAUGAUGAGAUUGCCAGUCUCUACAGACAGCUGGAUGAUAAGGAUGAUGAAAUCAACCAGCAGAGCCAGUUGGCUGAAAAGCUAAAGCAACAAAUGUUGGAUCAAGAGGAGCUUUUGGCCUCCACCAGGAGAGAUUAUGAGAAAAUUCAAGAGGAGCUGACCCGUCUUCAGAUUGAGAAUGAAGCAGCAAAAGAUGAAGUAAAAGAGGUCCUUCAAGCCCUGGAAGAAUUAGCUGUCAAUUAUGACCAGAAAUCCCAAGAAGUGGAGGAUAAAACAAGGGCCAAUGAGCAGCUGGCUGAUGAGCUGGCACAGAAGAGUAAUGCCCUGACAGCGACCCAGAGGGAACUGGGACAGUUGCAGGAGCUCAGUAACCAUCAGAAGAAAAGAGCUACAGAAAUCUUGAACUUGCUGCUUAAGGACCUGGGAGAGAUUGGAGGUAUCAUUGGUACUAACGACGUUAAAACAUUAGCAGAUGUGAAUGGGGUGAUUGAGGAGGAGUUCACCAUGGCACGACUUUACAUCAGCAAGAUGAAGUCUGAGGUGAAGUCUCUGGUGAACCGCAGCAAGCAGUUGGAGAGUGCCCAGAUAGACUCCAACAGGAAGAUGAAUGCCAGCGAGAGAGAGCUUGCAGCUUGCCAGCUGCUCAUUUCACAACAUGAAGCAAAGAUCAAGUCCCUGACAGACUACAUGCAAAAUAUGGAGCAGAAGAGAAGGCAACUGGAAGAGUCACAGGACUCUCUCAAUGAAGAGCUUGCCAAGUUGCGUGCUCAAGAAAAGAUGCAUGAAGUCAGUUUCAAGGAUAAGGAGAAAGAGCACCUGACCCGGCUUCAGGAUGCAGAGGAGAUGAAGAAGGCACUGGAGCAGCAGAUGGAGAGUCACAGGGAAGCCCACCAGAAGCAGCUGUCCAGGCUGAGGGAUGAAAUUGAAGAGAAGCAGAAAAUAAUUGAUGAAAUCAGAGAUAUGAAUCAGAAGCUUCAAUUGGAACAAGAGAAACUGAGUGCUGAUUAUGAUAAAUUAAAAACUGAGGACCAGGAAAGGGAAAUGAAACUGGAAAAGCUCAUACUGCUUAAUGAUAAAAGGGAACAAGCAAGAGAAGAUCUUAAGGGACUGGAGGAAACAGUGGCAAGAGAACUUCAGACUCUUCACAACCUUCGCAAACUGUUCGUCCAAGAUCUUACCACGCGCGUUAAAAAAAGUGUUGAACUCGAUAGCGAUGAUGGGGGUGGAAGUGCUGCGCAGAAGCAGAAAAUUUCCUUUCUUGAGAACAACCUGGAACAGCUUACAAAGGUUCACAAACAGUUGGUACGUGAUAAUGCAGAUCUUCGUUGUGAGCUUCCUAAGCUGGAAAAACGACUUAGAGCUACGGCAGAGAGAGUUAAGGCCCUGGAGAGCGCACUGAAGGAGGCCAAGGAGAAUGCCAUGCGAGACCGCAAGCGGUACCAGCAGGAGGUAGAUCGCAUUAAGGAAGCUGUGAGAGCCAAAAACAUGGCACGGAGAGCACACUCUGCUCAAAUUGCCAAGCCCAUCCGCCCUGGUCAUUACCCGGCGUCUUCUCCAACGGCUGUCCAUGCCAUCCGUGGGGGAGGAAUGUCAAACUCCACCUACUAUCACAACACCAAAUAGACGAGAAGUGAAUUCCACUUAGCAUGUUGAGGACUGUCAUUAAGUCACUAGUUUUUUUUCUCCCCUCUUCAAACCAGUCCAUGUCCUGUUCAUCCUGCGCUUCCUACAGCCAUCUGCACUGCACUGGUCCCAGGUAUUUUGAGCUUCAUAGGAUCUACACGUGUACAGAAGUGUCCAGCUCAACUCUUCUACAGAUACUUGUACAAUGUAUUUAACAUAACCAUCUAAGUAAUGAUAGGAAGUCUGCCACUCAGAAUUUCUCACUGACUGCGUUUGACCCCUUGGCGCUUGUUAGGUUGAGGCUUCUACACUCAGAUAGAUGCUUUUUCAAAGUCUUCUGUUGCGUCAGUAAAUCCUGACUUUUGGCAUCAAAGAAUUAACUAUUCAAAGACAAAGUGCCAUCAAAGGCAGGUGAUUGUGCUGUCAUGACUGAUUUACUGUAUAAUAUACAUAUUAUUUUAUAUUUUUAGGGGAUGAAAAUGUGCUGCUAUAUGAUUUAAUUUUACCGCUUACAUUUCCAGAAGUAAAUUUCCCCAAAGAACCAUUUGUAAUAUCCUGAUAAAAUCUUUGGACUGUAUAAAAUAACCUUUAUUGCAGUACCUGGUAAAGAUCAAAUGGGAUGCAGAGAAAUCUGUUAGUAUAGGUCUAGGUUUUGAAGUUUGGUAGUUACAUGAGUAUAUCUGUGUGACCUAUCUUGUAAUUAAGAUCAGAUCUGCUUGUAGUUCUCCCUACAGUGGUGGGGUUUCCUGGAGUGUAAUGGCUAGCCAUGUGUUUGUAAGCAUUGUUCUCUAUGAAAUUUUGAAGGCUUUCAGAAUGCUGUGGAAAUCUUGUCUUGGAAAAGUAGACAAGCAUCCCUCCACCCCCCUUUCCCCUUCCCACAUGCCUUCAGCAAGCCCUGAUCUGUUCACACCAGAAUUCAGAUACUGAUGAGUGAACAGUCCCCCACCAGAACAGAUGCUACCUU